AUGUCUCCGGCGCGUCCGUGCAGGGGGCUGAGGGCCGCGGUGGCUGCCAGCGUGGGGUUGAGCGAGGGGCCGGCGGGCUCCGCCCGGAGGGGCCGCCUCCUCCGCCCGCCGAGCCCCGCUCCGGCGGCGCCGGGGGCCCGGCUGUUCCGGCUCCCAGGGAGCGGGGCCGUGCGGGCCGCAAGCCCGGAGCGCGCCGGCUGGACCGAGGCGCUGCGGGCCGCCGUGGCCGAGCUGCGCGCCGGCGCCGUGGUGGCCGUCCCCACCGACACGCUGUACGGCCUGGCCUGCUCGGCGAGCUGCUCUGCGGCACUGGGCGCUGUGUACCGCCUCAAGGGCCGCAGCGAGGCCAAGCCGCUGGCCGUCUGCCUGGGCCGCGUGGCCGACGUCUACAGGUACUGCCAUGUGAGAGUACCUGAGGGACUCCUGAAGGACUUACUACCAGGACCAGUGACUCUGGUGUUGGAACGCUCAGAGGAGCUCAAUAAGGACCUGAAUCCCUUUACUCCUCUUGUAGGCAUCCGGAUUCCUGAUCAUGCCUUCAUACAGGAUUUGGUCCAGGUGUUUGGGGGACCACUCGCUCUCACCAGUGCCAACCUGAGCUCCCAGGCCAGUUCUCUGAAUGUCGAGGAGUUCCAGGACCUCUGGCCUCAGUUGUCCCUGGUCAUUGAUGGGGGACCAAUUGGGAACGGCCAGAGCCCUGAGUAUCGCCUGGGCUCAACUGUGGUUGAUUUGUCUGUACCUGGAAAGUUUGGCAUCAUUCGUCCAGGCUGUGCCCUGGAGAGUACUACAGCCAUCCUCCAACAGAAGUAUGGGCUCCUCCCCUCACACUGAUCCUGCUUUUUGCAUCUUGGGUAGGGGGAAGGCCCAAGGACUGGUGCUGGACACUAUGUGUCUGUCCACUGGGGACUGGCACGGCCUCAUUGAGAGAGGCCACUGGGGCUGCAGCAUCACUAGUCCUGACUCUUGAAGGCACUGUGUCUUUCUGAAUACUGCACACCAAGUCCCAGAAGCUGCUGGUUUCGUCUGACACCUGGUGGGGGAGGUCCUAUUUAUUAUCUGUGAUUUCAUGUAUCAGCCAAAAGCUGACUUAGAGAUUUUGUUUGAGAACAUUUCUUGGAUGGCCUUGUUCUGAUAAGUUUCUUUUUAAAAAAAAUUUUUUUUGAGAAGUAAUUUGAGGAACAGAUACGGAAUCCAGUCAGAGCCCCCUCUCUGGCAGGUAGUGGCAUUUAAGGUCCAAAUCAGCCAGAGCACCAGCUGGUUAAGUCUCCAGUGACCAAAGACAUGUACUUAGGCACCUGAAGCUGGACCUAGAGAAGGAUAAAGACUGUUGAGCCACAGGCCCAACACUGUUUUCUCCAAACCGGAGAGGCCGGUGGUGUGGUGUGCCUUAAGGCCUGGUGGAGAGUCAGCAUUCUGGACUAAUGGUGGGAAGUAAGCUCACUUGGCAGGGGGUGGGGCUGAGGAAGGCCAAAUCAAAAGAAUAUGGGAAAACAUAUCUUCACUACUCUUUUCAGCCAGUGGCUUUUUUCCUUAUUUAUUCAUAAAAUAAAUUAUAAUGAGUUAUGCCUACAA